AUGUCGACCUACGGCGCGCGGCACGCGCCCUCGGCCUUCAGCACGCCCGCGUCCAUCGCGCUCUUCCGGCGCCUGACCUGGGAGGGCACCGUCCCGCUCGAGGUGCGCGUCGACCCGAAGGAGCUCCCCGCCAACUCCAACCGCGGGCUCGAGUGCUACUUCCUCCAGGCGCCGCGCGUGAGCUACCUCCCGCUGCUCAUCCCCGAGAUCCGGAGCUAUCUGCUGGACGUGGUGUUCGACGAGGCGGGCGGGCGGGUGGUGAAGGAGGAGGAGUGGUGGUUCGAGCGCGAGGACGGGGGGCUCGUCAAGUGGCACUGGCCGAUCGGCCUCAUCUACGACACGCACGCCGUCUCGCUCUCCGCGUCCGCGUCUGCGCCCUCGUCGUCGUCGUCCGCGCCGGUGCCGCUCAAGCUCACGCUGCACCUCGCGUCGCCGCCGACGGACAAGCUCCUCCUGCAGCCGUCCGCCGAGGCGUGCAAGCAGGCGUUCAUGGGCCAGCUCAAGGAGGCCGAUUUCAUCCGCUGGGGGAACACGAAGCGCAUGACCGGGCUGCGCAAGCAGGACCAGGACGGGUUAUGGGACGGGAUCAAGGAGCACGACUUCGACGCCUACUGGCGCAUCGCGUCCAAAAUCACGCCGACGCCCGCGCCGCUGAGCGGCGGCCGCUCGCCCUCGCCCUCGCCGGUCCCGCCCUCCUCCGCGUCGAUGGUGCACACGCGCCCGCCGGACCGCGACGCCGCGUCCGCGGUGCGCUCCGUCCCCGCGCGCAUCUACCUCCCCGACGGGCCCGUGCUGCAGGACCUCGUCCCGCCCGGCGCGGUGCGCACGCUGGGCGACUUUCUGCGCGCGCACCUGCCGCUGCUGUUCCCGCUGGACCGCCCCGACAGAAAACCGCUCGCGUACGCGCUCGUGCAGGGCGUGCGCUGCCCGGGGGACGCGGAGAUGGCGUGGCUCGGCGCGUGCAUGGCGGGCGCGGACGGGUGGGUGAAUGUUUGUGUGGGCGUGGAGGGGGCGUAG